AUGAAUUGUUUUCGAAGCUGUCGACCUGAAUCCAAACAAAAACUUGAAGAAGAUGAAUCGUCUGUCGAUCCUGAUAAUGAAGAAAAAUUCCAGCAAUUAUUAGAACGAUUAAGUCCUGAUGAUAUGCAGACUGCAGCAUCUGUUAUACAGAUGACUUUAUUGGAUGCAUCUGCUAAUGCUUUAGCUAAAAGCAAAGUACGUCCGAAAAAUAAAAUACCAAAACACUAUACAAGCAAUAUCAAAAGUAUGCAUAAAGGAUUAUUGAAAAAAUUAGAUUCAAACGAUCAAAAAAUAUUUAACGCAGCAAUUAAACAAGCAAAAAUCAAUGGUGCCCAGCAACCUUCAUUAGUUGAAAGUAUCUAUGGAUAA